AUGGCAGACUACGGGACUACUGAAUACUGGGAAGAGAGAUACAAGAAGGAUUCGAAUCCAUAUGAUUGGUAUCAAAGAUGGGAGAAUAUGAGGGAAAUAAUCAAAGAUUAUUUGAAAUUUGACGACAAAAUAUUGGUAAUCGGUAAUGGAACAAGCAGAUUGCCUGAAGAAAUUUAUGAUGAGGGUUAUCAUGGAGUGGAAGCAAUGGAUAUUAGUACUGUUGCAGUAGAGAUUAUGCACGAAAGGUUUGCUUCAAGAAAUAUUCCAUGUCAAGUUAGUAAUGUUUUAGACAUGUAUCAGUAUUCUGACGAUGAUUAUAAUGUAGUCAUUGAUAAGGGGACAUUUGAUUCAAUUUUAUGUGGUGAAAAUAGUCACAUUAAUAUUGACACAAUGAUGAGGGAAUUGGUCAGAAUUCUCAACUACGAAAAAGGCAGGUACAUAUGUAUUUCUUAUGGGCAACCUAACUAUAGACUGAACUAUUUAAAAUCCAUAAAAGAAUGGGAAGUAACCACCAUUCCAAUAAAGAAGCCUGCAAAUGACCAAAUUUAUAAACUAAAAAACUACAAUGAUGAGGAUUCUAAUUCACAAGAAAAUACCAACAUUACUACUUCAACCAGACCUGACUUGUAUCAUUAUAUAUAUGUCUGUACAGUGAUUAAUAAGAAUGUCCCCGAAAUCGGAAAUUCACUUGAUUUAAAUGAUGAUACUGGAAACGUGGAAACUGACAACUAUGAAAAUAAAGAUAACUUAGAAUUAAACACAGAUAAUUCUCAAGAAAAUAAUAGUUUUUCUCAAGAUACUGAAAUCAACCAGGAGAAUAGGAGCGAUGAAUUCCAAAUAUGUGACGAGAAUAAAGACCUUGAUAAUUCAAUGUAG